AUGACAUCACUCAAGGUACUUGAUUUGUCAUUCAACCAUCUGAAUAGGACUGAAAACCUUAUGACCGUUCUUGAAAAUCUUUGCUGUUUGGAAAUCCUCAACCUCUCUAUCAAUUCUAUGAAUGGGGAUAUAGUGGAGGUGAUGGAGGGGUUACCGCGAUGCGCAUGGGGAAAAUUGUCAGAGCUGCAUUUCCAUCAAAACGAAUUCAUUGGGACCCUGCCAAAUUUUAUAGGGCAAUUUAGCAGCUUGAGCAUACUUGACCUGUCUAGCAACAAUCUUGUUGGAUUUCUACCACCAGGGACUUGGAAUUUGGCGCAUUUAACUGACCUUGAUAUCAGCCUGAAUCAGCUCAAUGGGAAUGUACCAACUGAAAUUGGUGCCCUUACUGCUCUGACUUCUUUGGACAUAAGCGGCAACAACUUGACCGGAAGUAUACCAGCCGAGCUUGGAAAAUUGAAGCAUUUGAAUACUCUUUCUCUCGGAGGGAACAAAUUUACUGGACCAAUACCAUCAGAGGUUAUGCAUUCAACUAGCUUAACCUUCCUAGUCCUCUCCAAUAAUCACCUUAAUGGAAGUGUACCCACUGAAUUAGGUUCUCUCAAGAUUCUGGAUUAUCUGGACCUAAGCAACAACAACCUUAGUGGUCUGAUCACAGAAGAACACUUUGCAAACCUAAAAAGUUUAAACUCCAUAGACUUGUCUUCCAAUAACUUGAAGAUUGUAGUGGAUUCAGAUUGGCAUUCUCUGUUUAGGCUACAAUAUGCAGAUUUUCGAUCUUGCCAGAUCGGUCCUCUCUUUCCAGCUUGGCUUCAGCAGCUGCGGGGGAUCACUAAACUUUACAUUUCGAGCACUGGUUUGGACGACAAGUUUCCUGAUUGGUUUUGGUAUACAUUUUCACAGACAUUACAUCUCGACAUCUCUAACAACCAAAUAAGUGGCAGCUUGCCAGCACACCUGGAUGGUAUGGCUUUGGAAACUCUUUCUCUAACAUCAAACCAGCUCACCGGGUCAAUACCUUCAUUGCUGGCAAAUAUCACUGCGUUAGACAUCUCCAACAAUAACUUUUCAGGAAUAAUACCAUCAAAUUUUGAAGCCUCCCAACUUGAACUAUUGAUUGUCUAUUCAAAUCGAAUUGUUGGGUCCAUUCCAGAACCUGUUUGCAAAUUGCAACAACUGUUUUAUCUGGAUUUGUCAAACAAUUUUUUGGAGGGUGAAAUUCCUCAGUGUUUUGACAUCCAAAAACUACAGUAUUUCGUGCUCAGUAACAACAGUUUAUCAGGAAAGUUCCCUGCAUUUUUGCAGAAUAACACAAAUAUGGAGUUCUUGGAUCUUGCAUGGAACAAGUUGUCUGGAAGAUUGCCUACAUGGAUUGGAGAUCUGGGGAAUUUAGGUUUUGUACUCCUGAGCCACAAUGCAUUUUCUGAUAGUAUUCCAGUCGACAUAACAAUGCUUAAGUAUCUUCAAUACCUGGAUCUAUCAAGCAAUAAUUUUUCUGGUGCAGUACCUUGGCAUCUGUCAAACUUAACAUUUAUGACAAAGGUAAAUAUGGAUUUUGUGGAAAUGUAUCGAGUCAUGGGAUACAAAAUGAUCGUGAUGGAACCUGGUCUAUUCGGAGAUAUAUUUUCAGUGGUUACAAAAGGACAACAACUUGUGUAUGGUAAAACACUUGCAGAUUUUGUAAGCAUUGAUUUAUCAAGCAACUCCUUGACUGGUGAAAUCCCUGGAGACAUCACUUUCCUUGUUGCACUGAUGAAUUUGAAUUUAUCAUCAAACAAAUUGAGUGGACAAAUUCCAAACAUGAUUGGGGCCAUGCAGUCACUGGUAUCUCUUGACCUCUCUGGGAACAAGCUCUCCGGUGGAAUCCCGUCCAGCUUGUCAAGUCUAACAUCUUUGGAGGCCUUGAACCUAUCCUACAACAAUUUAUCUGGAAGGAUACCCUCUGGCCGCCAACUUGACACCCUCAAUUUGGACAACCCGUCAAUUAUGUACAUCGGCAACAGUGGACUUUGUGGGCCUCCUCUCCACAACAAUUGUUCAGGAAAUGGUACUUCUAUCGAUGGUGAUCUCGGAAGCAGCAAGCAAGAGUUUGAUCCACUGACCUUUCAUUUUGGUUUUGUGCUGGGACUUGUGGCGGGGCUCUGGAUAGUGUUUUGUGCACUGUUGUUCAAGGGGACAUGGAGAAUUGCUUUUUUCCGGUGA